AUGGCAUCUCUCAAAUCAUGGUUUCCAAUCCCAAAGUCGAGCCAUUUCUCUUUGACCAAUUUACCCUUCGGCAUCAUUUCUACAGCAUCUAAGCCCACUCCACGGCCAGCUGUGGCCAUCGGCGAACACUGCCUGGACCUGCAGGAAUUCGCAGCGUCGGGGGCGUUCUCUUCGCUCGGAUUUGACGUCUCGUGUUUCUCCAAGUCAACCCUGAACGACUUCGCGGCGUUGGGAAGACCGGUCCAUCGCUCAGUGAGGAAAUACCUCCAAGAUGUCUUUGUUGACAACACAUCUCUUCCGGACGUCUUACAAAGCAACAAAUCCUUGCAAGAAAAAUGCCUAAUCCCCAAGGAGCAAGUCGAGAUGCACAUGCCAAUGCACAUUGGUGAUUAUACGGACUUCUACGCCGGCAAGAACCAUGCCUUCAAUGUUGGUUGCCUUUUUCGUGGACCUGAUAACGCCCUGCAACCAAACUAUACGCAUUUACCCGUGGGAUACCAUGGUCGAGCCUCGUCUGUGGUCGUCUCGGGUACUCCAAUUACAAGGCCCAAUGGCCAGAUCCUGGAGAACCCCGCCGCAACCGUCAAGAAACCCGUAUUCAGCCCUUGCAGGAGACUUGAUAUCGAACUGGAGCUCGGCGCUUUCCUCUGCAAGGGCAACAAAAUGGGCACCAACAUCCCCAUAUCUGAGGCCGCAGAUCAUAUCUUUGGAUUCGUGCUGCUCAAUGACUGGUCUGCCCGAGAUAUCCAAGCUUGGGAGUACGUCCCGUUGGGACCAUUCUUAGCUAAGAACUUUGGCUCCACCAUCAGCCCGUGGGUGGUGCUGACCGAUGCAUUGGAGCCGUUUCGAUGCAAGGGCAUCUCGAAUGAGACGGAGUUGCUGCCAUAUCUGCAGGAGAAAGAGGAGAAGAAUGUGUAUGACAUUCGAUUGCAGGUUGAUAUCACACCUGAGAGCGGAUCGACGACUACAAUCUUGAAUUCUAAUGGCCGCAAUCUUCUCUUCUCAUUUCCGCAGAUGCUGGCUCAUCACUCGAUAGGCGGAUGCCCUAUGGCGGUCGGUGAUCUUCUCGGGUCUGGCACAAUCAGCGGCACCGAGCCAGGCACGGAAGGAAGUAUGCUCGAGAUCACCAAGGGCGGGAAAGAAAGUGUCAAGUUGAACGGAGGAGUGGAGCGGAAGUUCUUGGACGACGGAGACACCAUUACAAUGUACGGAGUCUGCGGCACAGAGGAAUCUGGACUUGUCGGCUUCGGAGAGUGUUCGGGUAAGAUCCUGCCUGCGCCCAAGAUCUAA